UCGAAGAAGGUGCCUUGCCGGCCACGGAUCUUCAAGAAACGCGAGCUGUGGAAGAAGCUCCCUCUAUUUAUGCCCCGUCUCCUCCCUCCUUUUACAUUUUCUUAACUUCGUUCAUCCCAUUUCUUGUAUCUCUCUCUCUCUCCCCUCAUGAUCUUCUUCUCCACAGUGCUCACUUUUGUGUGUGGAUCGCUUUGAUCUUGUUCUUUCCAUAUUGGGUGCUCUCUUUCUGCUGCAAAAGAGUUCGAGAGUUUGUGAGCUUUUGAGGGACAAUCUGUUAGAAUUCUAGCUACCAUGGAAGACGACAUCGUGGACUUGCCUCCAGGCUUCAGAUUCCACCCCACAGACGAGGAGAUCAUCACUCACUACCUCACCAAGAAAGUCCUCAACCCCAAUUUCGCUGCUUGCGCCAUUGGAGAGGCUGAUCUCAACAAGUGUGAGCCCUGGGAUUUGCCUAGGAAAGCGCAUAUGGGGGAGAAGGAGCGGUACUUCUUCAACCAGAAGGACAGGAAGUACCCGACGGGGAUGAGGACGAACCGGGCGACCGAGUCCGGCUACUGGAAGGCCACGGGCAAGGACAAGGAGAUUUACCGAGGGAAGAACAACCUGGUCGGCAUGAAGAAGACCCUUGUCUUCUACAAGGGAAGGGCUCCUAAGGGAGAGAAGACCAACUGGGUCAUGCACGAGUACCGCCUCGAGGGAAAAUUCUCUUACUACAAUCUCCCAAAGGUCUCGAAGGAUGAGUGGGUGGUGUCGAGGAUUUUCCACAAGAGCACAGGGAUCACGAAGAUCAUCACCAGUCCAAUUUCGGGCCUGUUUCCGAUCGAUCCUUCCGGUGAUGAUGAGCUGCUGAAUCCUUCUUCUUCGCUUCCUCCUCUCAUGGAUGACUCUUAUUUCUCGAGGCCGAGCUCAAGCUUCGCGAACAGUGAGAAUGAAUUCCCAGGCAUGACUAGCGCUCCUGCACCAAGAUCAGCCGAGGGAAAUUACGGGGACGAAAUUAAUCGAUUCCAAAGAUUCAAUCCAAGCAAUACCAACUACCAAAUGGACCCGAGUAGCUCGGCGUUCAGCUCGAUGUUCUCAGGCCAAGUGCCGAUCCCCAGCCCGUCUUUUCAAGGCUCGGUGAAUCCGGACUACUACUUGGGAUUUGGCUAUGGAGGCGGCAAUAAUCAGGCAAUCAUCAGAGGGAUGGCAGCGAGCCAACACGAGACGCCGGGCCUGGAGAAGAUGCUGAUCAAGGGAGAGCAGUUCGCGAUGUCGAACAACAAGUCCAUGGUCAGCCACUCGCAGGACACUGGGCUGAGCACCGACGCGAACGCCACCGAGAUAUCCUCGUCCGCAGUCUCGAAGCAAGAAGUCGGCAACUUCUCCGAUUACCUCGAGUACUCGUGGGAAUAGCAGAUAGCGGAUAGCCCCAGCUGGUCUCGUCACCCAUAUACAUAUGAUUCAUAGAUCCACUAGUCUCUUCUCUUUGUUGUUUCGUAGGAAUCUCAGCUAGAUGAUGAGUUGAUUGGAUUUGUAGCUGUGUUGUACAGAUUGAUGAUGAUUUCUGAACAUUCUUCA